CCGAUUGUUCCGUUGGUUGUAGAGGGUUUUACGACGGCGACGGCGACAGAUACAGCAAACAACCUUCAAUAUCUUCGCGACUACUGUAUUAAAUAUACACCUACACCUACACAGUCUCACCUCACCUCACAUUACCUCACUUCACACACACACACACACACACACCACCACCACAACAAUGUCCGCACGCGCCGAGCGCUUCAUCCUCGAUCUCUCCGACGACGACGAAGGCGAAGAUUCCCCCACCACACACCCCUCCAACAACCAACCUUCCACCAACACAUCGAAUCCCCUCAACCCCACCACCGCCUUCCAAACAAUUGCCACCCCAGACUCAUUUAUUAAAGACAUAAUCGAACGCACACCCUCCGCCCCCAAACCACCUUCUGCACCAGUGUUCAAACAGACUACUACUGGGUUCCCGGAGCAUAGGAAGAGGGGGAGUCGGUUUAAAAGUUCUAGAGGUGGGGGGGCUGUGUCGACACCGGCAGCGGCAGCGGUAGAGGGGAAGGAUGGGAUUUCUCCAGCUUCGUCGCGGGGGGGAGGAGGGUUAGGUGGGAGGGGUGGGGAGGAUGUGGUGGAUAGAGACGAAGAGGAGAGGAGGGCGAUUGACCUCGAAAACCAGAAGAAGAUCGCUGCCAUGUCACCCGAAGAAAUCGAGACCGAACGCGCAGAACUUCUAUCCGCCCUCGACCCGAAUCUGGUGCGCAUGUUGAUGAACCGAGGUGCGAAGAAGACAGCCCCGGAAAAGGUGUCUGAUGCGGCUUUGGUUCAUAAGAUGAAGGGGGACCUGACGGGAGAUAAGGGGGAGAAGAGGGAGAUGGGAUUAGAGGAUUACCUUAAGAGAGCGAAUAUUGAUGAUGGGAGGGGGGAUACGUGGGUUGAGACGCCGGAGCCGAGGGUGGUUGAUGUUACGGAAGAUGAUACAUCCGCUGUGGUGGCGGCGGGGAAGGGAGUUGACUCAGCAGCGACUGCGGCGGCUUCGAUACCGGCGGGCAAACAGGCUACGGAUGGAAAGAAAGAGGAAGGGACUCGGAUUCCCAAACCAAAGGGUCGAAGAAUCGAACCCACGAAAGCAGUUCACUGGCUUGAAAACGAUGAGGUUGAACCAAAGGAGAUACCUGAGUUACAACCUGUGUCGGAGUUUAAACCACGGGGACAUACACACGCCUCUACCUCCAGCACCACCUCUGAUCAACCUACCGACACCACCACAGAUACCACCUCCGCCGACCGACCCACCACCGACUCGACAGAAAACAUCGACUCUCUCCACUUCCCCCGUCCCCCAACAUUACCGGAUUUAGACCCCUCGUCCCCGAAUUUUUUGCAGGAUCUACAUACAGCCUACUUCCCCUCUCUUCCGUCCUCGUCAGCUUCUUUAGCGUGGUUGGCUCCUUUACCCACCCCUGGGUCUGCGGCGGAUUUGGAGUCAACAUACCAUCCCUCUCAGACUUCGAUACCAGCUUCGAGUCUGCGGUUUGAUUUCAAAGGCCAACUUCUCCCUCCUCGGAUAUCCCGCGCGAUGCCGGUAGAUCGCGGGUUGCAUCACCAUGCUGAUGCUCCGGAGGCGGGGGGUUACACGAUAUCUGAGUUAUCCGGGCUGUUGAGGAGUAGUGUGCCCCAGCAACGCGGGCUAGCGGCGAUGGUACUAGGACGGAUAUUGUAUAGACUUGGGAAAGGGGAGUGGGGAGCGGGGAGCGAAGUGACGAUGGGGCUUUGGAGGUGUGUGGAGGAGGGGGGGGUGGUGGGGGGGUUGGUUGGUAUGGCUGGUGGGGAGAAUGGGGAUGAGGGGGAAGGGGGACAGGGGGGUGAGAGGCAUAGGAGUGUGAAAGCCUACGCCACCGAAGCAGUCUGGCUCUGGCGAAUGGGCGGCGGAAAAGUGAUGGGCGCCAUCUAA